CCCUCGCACGCUGCACCCGAAUUCCAGACGCUUUCUGGGCGGGCUGCUGCAUGGACUCAGAGCACAGGUCCUGUGCCGUACCCAGAGGAGGCGGACGGGGCUUCCCCCGGCUCCGGGGAGCGGGGCCAUGGAGACGUCGGUCGUGUUUCUGCUGCUUUGCGCCUCGGUUUUCCCAGGCUUUUCCCAGGGCAGAGUUGUUGGAGAGGAUGAACCUGGUUUUGCCGAGUGUAAUGUGUUCUUCCCUGGACAAGUCCCACCCGAAGGAUUUACGGAGCCUUUCCACGUGAAAAUCUGUCAGGAAUACAACAAAGAGCCUCGCUUUGCAACCCUCUACAGUACUAAGGACAAAAUCCCUCUUUAUUCAGCUUUUAAGUAUACAAAGCCAGCCCAAAGCAAGGAGGAGAACUGGCUGGUGGAACCACAGAUAGAUGAUCCAGAAAAUGACCUACAUGAGAUGGUGCAUGAAGCUGAUAUCGCUGGCACUGUGGCCAACCUUGGUGCAAAUCAAGCCCUGACCUCAGACUACGUGGACUCUGGUUAUGAGAGAGGGCUGCUCAAUCCCAGCUCGCUCAAUGAGAAGGAUUUCCAGAUGGCCACUUACACUCUCACAAACGCCGUCCCUCUGAGCCUGUCUCUGAGCAAAAGCUGGCACAGAGACAUUGGGACGGUAGUUGAGGAAGCUCUGGUCCCUCACUGCUCCAAGAAGGACCACCUGUAUCUCCUUGCAGGUGCAAUUCCUUCCAGUGUCCGAGUUAAAGGGAAGGUGUCAGUGCCAGAGACCCUCUGGCUGGCAGCCUGCUGUAAUGCUCCAGAUGGAUGGUCCCUGGGACUAGUGAAAAAAAUGAAUGAUGAAAACAGCUUGGUGGACCUCACGGUGAGAGAGCUGGAGAAGCAGCUUCUAGCAGGAGUUCAUCUGUUCAAGGGCAACUGUGGGAAAGACAACCAAAGCCAGGGGAAAACAGAAGCAAUACUGCAAGCUGUCAGUCAGAUCCGUUCCAGAGAGCAAGUAGGAAGUAGUGACAACCAGGAGGCCAAAGGCAGUGGCUUGGUGAGAAGACUGGCUGGCAUCAUUGCUACACCUUUCAUCAAACUUCUGGAACUCCUCAUCUACGUCUUUGUGGAGCUGGUGAAAUUUGCAUUUUAUUUUCUGUGGCUUGUUAUCAAGCGGGUUGGUGGUACAGUUCUGGAUGGAGUCUACAGCCUGUGCAGCGGGGUGGUGUCCUACCUUAAAGCCAUCAGCAUGGUGCUCAUCAGCAUCCCCUAUGAUCUGGGGAGAAAAAACCCCACAAGUUAG